UGUGAGAGGCGGGGGAGGCCUACCUUUCUGAGGCGGGAGCCGGCGGGCCCAACAGCCCCGCGCUCCACCCUGCUCCGCCGCCGCUUCCGUCAAGGGCGACCGCGGGUGGCCGGGCGAAGCCCUGAGAGACGAUGCUUAAGGUACAAGGAAAACCAUUUUCUGGAACAUCUGAAUUGUAAUUUAAGCUUGAGUUACCUACGACAGUCAAGGGGCAAACAUGCUUGACUCCGCAAGUGAACUGGAGUUUUCGGAAGAAAAAGCUACCGAGGAUCCCUCCCAGCUCUCUUCCCUGGAGCUGUCAGGUGACACAGCGUCCAGCGGGAAAAACUCAGCUGGUUUACCCGAAAAAACUGGCUAUCCGGACUCCGUUUACGUUAUGGCAGCGAACAUCUUUCAGGGUAUUCGAGUCGAAAAGUCACCAGGGAAAGUCUUAAUAAAGUAUGGGAAUGAACCCCUGCAGUACUCGACCGAGUUUGAGGAUGAAUCCUUUCAGCGUUUGUCCUACGAGCUGGCGUUCAGUGCCCUGAAAUAUCAAGAUAUUUUAGAAAGUAUAUUAAUAGACAGCUAUAUCUUCCCAAGUACCACAAUACCAGAUCAUUUGAACAGUCUUAUUGUUGUGAUGCUGUAUGAUUUCCAAGAUAGAAAAUUUCAAGGUCGUCUCCUUUCUGAUAAUGAAGAGUCCAUAGCGGAAGUUCUAGAAGUAGAGAACCUUCUUAACAGUUUUAAGACAAAAUUGGCUGCGGCAUUGGCAAGAUGUCGGAUCAAACAUGAUGCCCUUUCAAUUUACCACAUUCUUCCAGAAACCAUUAGGAACCAGGAACUAAGGGCCUCUACUUUGCCACUUUAUGCUUGGAUAAAUACUUGUAAAAUCAGCCCUGAAGAAGUUUAUCAUAGUUUGAAGAAAAAAGGCUAUAAUAAAGUCGAAUCUAUAUUGCAUAUUGAUGACAAAGUCUUUGCUGUGGAUCAACAUUGCUAUGAUGUAUUAAUUUUUCCAUCUCAUCUUAAAAGUGAUCUUCUAAAUACAGAUCUUUUCAAAGAUUAUAAACUUAUAUUUCAGGACAAAUCUCGAAGUCUCGCUGUCCAUUCUGUAAAGGCUUUAUUAAACAUGGAUGAUGAUAUCUUAAUGGUCAAUACAGGUUCGUGGUACACGGUUGCCCAUAUGUCAGUCUUAACAAAUAAUAAUACCUCAAAAAUAUUUGUGUGUGGAGUACAAUCACAAGCUAAGGAUCCUGACCUGAAGAACCUUUUCACAAAAAUGGGAUGUAAAAAUAUUGAAAUACUUCAUGAAACAUUUAUUAACCUUGAAUCAAAGGAUCAUAGAUUACAGAAAGUUAAAGUUAUUCUGCUGCUGCCUCGUUGUUCUGGACUGGGUAUUAGUAAUCCAGUAGAAUUCAUUUUAAACGAGCAUGAAGAUACAGGUUUACUUAAAGAUUUCUCCCAAGGAGGCACAUCAGAAGAUAAACUUCAUGUUCUUGCUCAACAGCAGUAUGAACAGCUAACACAUGCAAUGAAAUUUACUAGAGCUCAAGCAAUUGUUUACUGCACAUGCUCAGUUUAUCCAGAAGAAAAUGAAGCUGUUGUUAAGAAAGCACUGGAAUUUCAAGACCAUGGGAUUAAAGUACAACCUUAUAGGCUUAGUCCUCCUGUUCUUCCACUGUGCUCCUUGAAGGAAAUACAUUUGUCCACUGACAAAUUUUUCAGAAUGGAACCAUCUGAAAUUACCAAUGGUUGUUUUCUUUCUGUUCUAACAAGGGAGCGGGACCCAUCUGAGACAGUGUCUGUGAAAGAUGUUUUGGCCCGCGCUGCAGCAAAGGGUCUACUGAAUGGGAUUGAGUUGGGUAAACCUUCAAAACGGGAAAAGAAGAAGAAAAAAUCAAAAAUACCAUUGCCAAAAGCUCCCACUGCUGAUAAUAACAGCGUCCAAAUGAAAAUUGCUGAGUUCCUGAGUCGAGAAACUAAUGCAAAUGCUAAUCGGUCAGAGGCAUUAACGACAAAAACAUCUCUUCCACAGAAAAAUACAAAUCAAGUGGGUUCUUCCCCACAGGUCAGAAAAACCAACAAACCCACCACCAAUCCUUUAGCGCCUACGUUUAUGAAGAACACACCUCCUGCCAGACCCUAUGAACGGCUGACAAACUUUGUGAGACCUCGCCCAGAAGAUAGAAUGAUUGCACUGAAACCCAUAGAGAUUGUUUUGCCUCCAGUAAUGUUGCCAUUUUCAAGUUCCCAAGGGAUCAGGUCUCACGUACCAACUCAACAGUUUUACUGUCGUUGGGUUGGGCCCAAGACUGUCAUGCCUGGCUAUCUUUCCACACCAUCAGUACCCAGAAGGGGGGAAAAGCCUAAAGAUAACUUACCUUCCUCCCUCCCCAGACGUCCUCGACCAUGGCUUUGACUGUCUUGUGUGUUUUACAGGGGUCAAGAGUAGUUGAAUUUUUUUUCAAAGUCUGCUAUUUCUCUGAAGGUUAGAUAUCCCUACACAAAGUACUCAUUCUUUUGAUCACUUAGUGUCUUCUAAAUCUGAUUAUUACCUUCAAGAGAAUUAAGACAAAUGAGAAUAAUGUAUGUGAAUUAAGCAAAGCAGAAUUCAGAGAUUUCAACAGCUGGGUGCUGGUCUGCUUUAGACUGUCAUUCUGUAGACUCCGUGUCUCACUCUUGUUAAUUUUCAGUCGGGACUUAAGACACUAGUUUAAAAAGAAAGCUGCAACAAGUUUUCCUGAAGGGAAACACUGUGCCUUAUAACAUACCCUUUUAGAAAUCAAUUUGUGAGGCAGUUUAUUAGAAAGCAUAGAUACGGAAAAGGUGCUCUCACACUGACUUCAGUGCCCUUCCGUAUCUAGUCAGCUGUAGUUUAACAUUUCAACACUAUUAAGGUUGACUUUUUUCCCUUAAAUAUCAAAAUAUUCUUUAAACAGGGGAUAUUAUGAGCUUUUGUGAUGUGACUGAGGUUGAGUCUGAGUAGGAAGAACAGGAAGUGCCAAGGUUCCAGGUGUGGGUAGUUCAAAUGUCUCUUCACAGAGUGAAGACUGUUUCUCAUUGGAAGAGCUUCCAGGAUCUGGGGCAGAUUGAACGUAAGCGCUCCCUUCUGACUGUUUAUGCCAAAUAUUGUUGUAAAAAAGUGACUGUAAGCAAACCUCCAUCUAAAUAGUAAUUCUGAGGAAGAGGCAAAACUGUUGAAUACAAGUGACACACCUGUAUUUGAAGAAAUCUUUACAAAUUUCUGAUUCUAUUCAAAGAUCAGGUGAAAUGGUCAUUUCAAAUGGCACACAGUAAUUAAACUUGGGUAAAUCAUUUCGGAUGUGCAAUUAAAAUACAUGUAGCACUAUUUUAAUUAUAUUAAGUCAAUUCAUCUUGACUGUAUUAUCAGUUGCCUUCAAGAAUUGGUUAUGAUUAUCAUUUCUGGGUCUAUUGGCUCUUUUUCAUCAUGGCAACAGAAAUUAACAUUAAAAAGUUACAACUAUAAGUUUUAUUGUUUGAAGAAAUGUUCAUAGACACAUUCAUAAACUUUGAAUUUAAAGUUCUGUUUUCAGAACCUUUUAUGUUGACUUGUGUUACGUAAAUUCAUAAAUUUCAAUUCAGGUGGCAUGAUUUUAAUAGGAUUUUAUCCUCUUCAAGAUGAAUAUUUAGGUCUAUUUCAGCUCUAACAUUCUAUAAUUUUCUCACUUGAAGGAUAAAAAAUGGUGAACUUUGUUUUAGUAGUAAUAAAUUUUUUUAACUGAAGAUUUACAUUUAUCAGUAAAAUGUGUCAGUGAAGAAAGGAAACAUGACUUUUUAUAAUUGAACCAGACUUCUUAUUUCUAAAUCCCAAAAGAAUUCUCAUAUUAUGAGUCUUAAAAAACACAGAAAUGUUUUAAAUGCUUAGCUUAUUUACUGAUUUCAAAAAUAAGAAACUGUAUAAUCUUUGCUCUAAAAAUUAUAGUACUUUUUUUCUUAUUCCCCCUCUCUGACCUGGAGUAUCUCAUAUCUCCGGGAGGCUAGUGCAGCUUAACUGAACUUUAUUCAGUAAAGAGCUGGUAUUUUAUCUCAGGAAUCUUUUGUCCAUUUCCUGCUGUCUUCCCUCUGCCCCAGGCUGAAGAGUAUUCCAUUGUCCAAAAGUAGCAGGUCUGAGAUUUUUAUUUUCUGUAAUCAGUUAUAAAGAAACUAAUUACUGUUAUGAAAUAGUUCAGAAUAUUUUUCUGAUUUCUAUAGCAGCAUGUGAUUUAAGUCAUGUCACAACUUUAAACACUUAUUUUCAGUAUAUUAUAACAUGAAUCUUGUCAGUAAAUUAUUUUUCUCUUUAUAAGUAUAUGGAGAUUUUGAAUUAAACCACUCAUUCAUUAAGCCUACAGUUUUCUUCUUUGAGACUCUUUUAAGAAGGACGUGAUUAUUUAUAUACUUUGGUAGAGUAAAAGGGAAAAUACUUUGGAUAAAAACAAUAUGCAAGGAUUCUAAUGGAGAAUAUUGAUUGCACUAUUCUUCUUUCUUGAGCUUUUUAAAGUGCUGCAAAAUUCUAAAAUAAUGACAUUACUGGUAUUUAGGUACUCCAAUAGCAAAUUCAGACUUUUAUCUAUAAUUAGUUACCAUUAUAUAAUACCUGAAACCAAAUGAAAUUUUUUUCCUUGAGAGUAACUGCCUUUGAUAGAGUAAAACAGAUAAAUUACUGGGGGAAAUGCAAGAAGAACAGAAAAUGGGUACAUAACUUGAAUUCUAUUUGUCUUCUUCCAUAUGGCUAACAGUUAAACUAAACCAGAUUCAACUGAUUUGUUUUUCUAGUUACCUUUCAUUUGGAUUUAAUCCCUGUACAACUUUUUCAUUCUUUGAUACCAGGUUCUUAAAGGAAAGACAGACUGUUUUCCUAUUAGAAAAAGUACUUGUACAAGUGUCAAGUUGGUGACUGAAUAGGCCUCUCUGUUCACAAUGCCAGCUGUCCUUCCUGAGUACCAAGUAAGGGCAGUGUGAUGUAUUAUUCAAAAUUUAAAGUUUGUUUCUAGUCCUUACCAGGUGGUGCUAGCAGAACCUUACUUACUAAAAUGAUUUUUAAUUUGAGGCAAGAAUAAUUUGAAAAUAAAAUGACUGGUGUGGAGACACUAAGCUUUUAUUUCUAUUUCUGGAUACGUAUGACUGAGAUGUCAGAUAAAUGAGCCAAACGUUUUAUGCAGCUAAUUUUAUUCUCACAACAUGUUACAUUUAAAUGUGUAAAAGUGGUCACUAGCAAAAGGGGCAGAGAGCAAAACCAAAUGUUCUUUUGGGAUAAACGAGCUGCCCUGGAUGGCAGGGGGUGCACUGGCUGAUAAAGGGGGAGCAUAUCUUCUCCCUGAAGCUGAAAUAAAUUAAACUUCAUGUGACUGGCUGCCUUACACACAUGGUAGCUGUGUAUUGGGUUAACUAUGCCUGGCAAACUAGAGAACUAAUGGUUUUACUAGUUAGGUUGUGCUCAUAUCAGUAAGGGAAAUGUUUCUCACAUUGCUUAUGAAAUCUUGAAUUUGUGUUGCAAUGCUUAUAAAAUAAGUGUAUCAUAUAAGAAAAGGAGGAAGGAUUUAGUGCUUCUGGUAAAUGACCUUGUGUAGAAUCAAUCAUUGUACAAAUGUUUGUCAUAAAAUCAUAAAGUGGAAUUUUUAAAAAAAGUAGCAGUGCCAACAGUUUAUCACCAAAAACUUAUUUUAAUGGAAAUGGGUCUGAUGGCCCUUCAUGCAGUAAGACAGACAAACAAAAACAAUGGUCCUUGUUAGCUAUUGGUGAUCUAUAUCCAGGUGGAAACAAAGGGCAUGUGGACAUGUGUCUGUCUCUUAGAUGAGCUUACACGUGUUGUGAAGGAUAUAAAAACUAAGCACCAAGCAGUGCUUUAAGUUUGCAAAGUAAAGUGUUUAGCCAUAGGCAUGUUGGCUAUUGCCCUUGAUGUGGCCAAGGAGCACGUAGAUGAGGUGGCAAGUCUGCGUCUAUCUAGCUGCUUUUAAAAAAUAAAAGGAACUUUAAGUAUUUGGCCUUUUCGUCUACAUAUUCCAAUAAAAAUGUGACUACAAAUCAUUACAAAACCACCUUUUAGGCAAUGUAUAGUUCACUGAGAUUACUGAGACCUGGAUACAUUGUCAGGUAAUAUCCAGUAAAGAUAAUACAUUAACACAAUUAUGUAGUAUAUUUCAGUAAAAAAUAGAAUAAAUAAAAUAAAAAUAUUUUAAGCUGUAUUUAACAGGUUAAUUAAAAAAAUGAUAAGACAUACAAGGCAUAGUGAACAUGGCUGCCUGUUUACCAAA